AUGUGUAACUCUGCAAGCAGUGCUACUAAUCUGGGUCAGUUUGCCACCUUUGCUGUCACAGCGACCAACUACACACAGUGCCUUGCGGCUAGAACAACGGUGCUACUAUUCUGGGUCAGUUUGUCACCUUUGUUGUCACAAUACCCAACUGACACUUCGAGCCCGCAGAAGAACAUUGUGCCAGGAACCACAAAAACUCCACCUCAAAAGUCCACAAAAAAGUCAGUCUCUGGGUGGACGACGUUUACAGAAGUCGUCAAUGCCAGGCACGGCUCUACAAAGAAGAUAAGAAUAGAAAACAAUGGUGCUGAAGUAAGGGAAUCUCCAAUGUUAUUCAACUUCCUCCUUCGCAAGAACGCCUUUAUUCAGAUCGUCACUUCCUGGAAAGAGCGCCAAUCUGAGCUUGUGCUAGCCAGGCUUAAGUCAAUUGAAGCAAAAGUGCUUGCUAUCGAAAAGGAACCUAUCACUCCUCAACUUAUAACAAAGCUCACUCUUUUGGAUUCCACCGCUACAGCCAAAAAUAAUGAUUUUGACAAAUUAGUGAAUAAGUUGUUCGGCACUGUGCCUUUACCUGAGGAAUUAGAUGAAAGUGAAAAUAUCACUACAAUUUCAACAUUACAAGAUGAAAUAAGUGAUCUCUAUGUGUCUAUUCACUCUUUGUGUGUGAACUUGAUACCUUCCCCAAGCUCUAACCAGUCGAGCCAGCCAAACCUGGAUGAUUCCAAUGCAGCUAUCAGCCAAGUAGCUACAACUAAGUUAGAUGAGUUAACCAAGUACAUUGAGUCUCACUGUGUAAAUCUUGAAGCAGCUAAUCUUACUAAUGUGGGAUCAUCUCUUAAGGGUAACACAGACAAACGAGCUCCAAGUUCUGACUCAAAUAAAAAUGAAUCUGGUUUUGUUGGUUUGACAAAUACAGAGAACACAGUUCUUCUUGCCACUGCUUUAAUUGUGGUAAAAUCAAGCGAAGGUAAGACCCUAGUUUGUAGGGGAGUUUUAGAUUCUGCUGCUCAGUCUACCUUCAUUACUCAAAGAUGUGCUCAGUCUUUAGGGAUUAAGCGCUCUCAUGCUAAUAAAACGCUUAUUAAUGGCAUCUCGUCUGCUCAGGUGAAAACAAAAGGGUUAACUCAUGUCACUCUCCAGUCCCUUAGUGGAUAUGUAUUGGCAAGCUCUCACCCUGUCUUCAUUUUGGAUAAUAUCACUCCAGAUUUACCUCGAGCUAAGAUCACUCCUGAAGUUCGCUCACAGAUGCAACAUUUAAUGUUAGCCGAUCCUACUUUUGAUAAACCCGCUCCUAUUGAUGUUCUAAUUGGAGCUGACCUUUUUGCCUCCUCUGUGAAAGGCCAGUUUUUGUCACUUGGUGAGAAUAUGCCUGUAGCAAUUGACACCAUUUUUGGAUAUGCGCUCUUAGGAUCGACCCCUGUCGCCUCAACUUGCAAAAAUUCAUUUCAUGGAUUAGUCACACUCUUAACCACCAAUAGUUUGGAUCUUCACACCUCUAUCCAACAGUUUUGGGCUGUAGAGGAACCCCCUCUUACAAGCAAGCAAUCCUUUGCCGAAGAAAAAUGUGAAAAACAUUUUGUAUCUACGCACUCUCGCACUCCUGAAGGAAGGUAUAUUGUCUCUUUGCCUUUCUCAGACGAUCCGUCAACAUUAGGCAACUCGAGCAAAGUGGCAAAAUCCCUAUUCUGGUCUCUGGAGAAUAAAUUUCGUUCUAAUCCUGAUUUCAAGGAAACUUAUGUUGAUUUUAUGAGAGAUUACUUGUCUUCGGGACAUAUAACACUCUGUCAGUCACCACGUCUUAAAAAUAAUCCUCAUUACUACCUUCCACAUCAUGGAAUUUUUAAAGAUGGAAAAUUAAGGGUAGUAUUCAACGCAUCAGCACCUACAUCAACAUCUCUGUCUCUCAACAGUAUUCUUCAUCAAGGACCAAAACUCCACAACAACAUAUGUGACAUCAUUCUCAACUUUCGCCGACAUGCGGUUGUUUUUUCAUGCGACAUCAAGCAGAUGUUUCGACAGGUCCUUGUAAAGGAAUCUGAUCAGAUAUUUCAACUUAUUUUCUGGAGAGAGAAUGAUAAAAUGCCUCUUCAAAUCUAUCAGCUAGCGACUGUCACUUAUGGGCUCACAUCAUCGCCCUACUUGGCAAAUCGUGUCAUUCAACAACUCAUUAUUGAUGAAGGAAAAAAUCAUCCUCUAGCCGCAACUGCUCUAAAGGAUCAGAUUUAUGUCGAUGACGCCCUAUUGGGAUGGUUAACUCCUGUAACCUUCUGGUCCAAAUCCUUCAUGCAAUACUUAUGGACACUUGGUCUCGAUUGGGAUGAACCCCUAGACGACAGCGUUAUAUCAGUUUGGAACAAGUUCGCCAAUGAACUUCCAUAUAUUGAAAUGCUCAAGAUACCUCGCUACGUGGGACUUUCUUCUGCUAAAGAUAUUCAGCUACAUGCUUUUUCUGAUGCAAGUGAAGCAGGAUAUUGUAGUUGUGUUUACCUGAGAGUUGUAAAUUCACAAGGAAUUAUAUCGACUUAUCUUCUGAUAGCGAAGUCAAGAGUCGCACCUCUGAAGCGUAUUUCCAUACCUCGCUUGGAGCUCUGCGGAGCACACCUGAUGUCUAAGCUCCUAAAUUACUGUAUACAGCUUCUCUCACCUCACUGCAAGAUUAGUUCAUACACAGCUUGGUGCGAUUCCACAAUCGUGCUUUCAUGGAUUGGCAUGCCCUCUUAUCGACUCAAGGUUUAUGUGUCAAAUCGAGUUGCAGAAAUACAGGAAAAUAUCCCACCUUCAUUUUGGCAACAUAUUUCAUCACUAGAAAAUCCAGCGGAUGUUGGGUCAAGGGGUACCGCCCCACAAGAUUUGAUUAACCACACACUUUGGUGGAAUGGACCUGUCUGGUUGUGUAACUCUGAAGAAAAUUGGCCAAAGUCUGUCUGUAAAUCUUUACCUGAAGAGUCUAUCCCUGAAACUAAGAUUCUCACAGUUAACACUCUCUCUGCUGUUCCGGAUGAACCAUUUUCUCUCCUCACUCGCUUCUCAUCUUGGACAACACUACUUCAUGUUUCCGCAUACCUGCUGCGCUUCAUUCAUAACACCAGAAAUAAAGUUAAACAAAUUGGGAAUUUAACUUCUCAGGAGAUAAAAGAGGCUCAUAACCUGAUUUGUAAAUUGGUUCAACGAGAAUAUUUUUCUGAAGAAAUCUCAUGUUUGAAAUCCAAUAAACCUUGCUCUGUACGCAUUAGACGCCUAGCUCCUUAUCUGGAUAAAGAUGGCCUCAUUCGAGUAGGGGGAAGAAUAAACAAGGCUGAUAUCUCUGAAGAUCACAAACACCCCGUCUUGCUACCUAAAGGUCAUAGAUGUAAACCUCCUCAUUCUUCUCCACUCAUGGGGGAAUUACCUAUGAAUCGAGUUACACCUUCAAGGCCAUUUUCCAUAUCUGGUGUAGAUUAUGCAGGACACUUCUUUGUGAAGCAACAUCUACUAAGACGAGUUCAACCUAUCAAGGUUUAUAUUUGUAUAUUUAUUUGCUUCUCUACUAAGGCGGUACACAUAGAAGUAGUAACCGACCUAACAGCGGAUGCCUAUUUAGCCGCUCUUACCAGAUUUGUCUCCAGACGAGGAAUCGUUUCAGAUAUUCACUGUGACAAUGCUACAAAUUUCACAGGUGCAUCCGAAAAACUCAGACGCAACUUUGAAAAUUUAAUCAAGGAUUCCACAGUACAAUGCUACGCUGAGAAUUUCAAUAUUAAAUUUCACUUCUUACCUCCACAUGCACCUCAUCAGGGAGGCCUUUGGGAGAGGGCCGUCAAAAGUGUGAAAUUUCACCUAAUAAGAGUCAUUGGACAACAGACCCUGUCACUGGAAGAGUUUUCGACUUUAAUCACCCGUAUUGAAGGAAUGAUGAACUCUAGGCCUAUAACUCCUCUUUCUUCUGAUCCCUCGGACCUAGAAGCUUUGACGCCAGGUCAUUUUUUAGUAGGUGGUCCUCUUAUGACACCUCUUGAACCUGACUUGCGUAGCAUUCCUAUCAACCGAUUAAAACGCUGGCAGGUAGUCCAACAGUUCAGUCAACAUAUCUGGGCUCGCUGGCAGAAAGAGUAUCUGUACACUCUUUAA